AUGGCGGCUCAAGCGGCCCAAGCGGCCCAGGCCGAGGCGUCGGAGUCCUGGUACCUGGCGCUGCUGGGCUUUGCCGAGCACUUCCGCACGUCCAGCCCGCCCAAGAUCCGACUCUGCGUGCACUGCCUGCAGGCCGUGUUUCCCUUCAAGCCUCCGCAGCGCAUCGAGGCCCGCACGCACCUGCAGCUGGGCUCGGUGCUCUACCACCACACCAAGAACAGCGAACUGGCCCGCAGUCACCUCGAGAAGGCGGUGAGGAAAGGCCCAGGGAUCGCGGCGCGGCGGGCGAAGAGGGGCUGCAGCCGUGCCGCCGCCGCCGCCGCCGCCGCGGCCCCGACGCAAAGGGCCUCACAGCUAGGCCAAGCCUAG